AUGAAGAUUUCUAUUGAACUCGUGGUGCUUGGGCUGGUGUCUUUGCCUGGGGCCAUAGCCUGGGGGCAACUUGGCCACUAUACUACAGCUUACGUUGCAAGCUAUUUCGUCUCCAACUCAACGGAAGCCUACCUCAAGGACCUUUUGGGCAACAAUGACGAUGACUAUCUCGCUGGAAUCUCCACUUGGGCGGACGACUUUGCACAUCGCGAUGAGGGAGAGUAUACUGGAGGGUGGCAUUAUAUCGAUGCUCACGAUCAUCCAGAAUCUGAAGACUGCAAUGUCGACUACAAGCGUGAUUGCAAAAAGGACGGCUGUGUUAUCAGUGCCUUGGUCAAUAUGACAGAAUUGGCUCUAAACAGCCAAAAAUCCGAAGAGGACCGCCAAUUCGCCGUCAAAAUGCUUGUUCACUUUAUCGGCGACUUGCAUCAGCCGCUUCAUAACGAAGACAUCGCACAAGGAGGCACUCAAUUAUCGGUAAAGUGGCAAGGUGACGAAGGAAAACUGCACAAAGUUUGGGAUACGUUGAUUCCCGAAAAAUUCACCGAGCAUCUGCAUAGUAGCCAGAACCGCCGUGCCUUGGAGUGGGCGCAAGAACUAGCAGGUGAAAUUUCCAAUGGAAAAUUCGCAGCGGAGAAGGAUAGCUGGCUGAAGGAUUUCGAUCCGUCGGAUUCCUUCAAGACGGUUCUGAAAUGGUCAAAUGAAGCAAACGACUUUGUUUGCGAUAACGUCUUUAUCGACAACUACGAGCCUUCACAAAUUAAAGGUAAAGAGCUGAGCAAGAAGGAUUAUUAUGAUCAGGCCAGCUCCCUUGUUGAGAAGCAAAUCGCGCGUGCGGGAUAUCGGAUGGCGGCGUGGCUGGAUGAGAUUGCUCGUAAUAAUUGGCAUGGACAAGACAACUCUGAGCUUUGA